UUCCAGAGAAAAAAAUUCGAAUCUAUCAAUCUUCGUCAACAAAACACAACACAUUCUCGUCUUCAGAAUCUUAAACAUCAAAAUCCCUUAGUUCACCAAAACAGAAAUAAAAACACCUUCUCUGUCGUGGGGUACCCUGGAACGAAACCCAUGGCAACCGCGGUUCCGAAGAGAAAAGGCACCAGCCGCCAGGGCAACAAAAAGCUGGUCUGCUACUACACCAACUGGUCCCAGUACCGGCACGGUGCCGGGAAGUUUUUACCUGAGGAUAUCGACCCCCACCUGUGCACCCACAUUCACUACGCCUUUGCCAAGCUGAACGAGUCGAGCCAGUUGGCGCCGUAUGAGUGGAAUGAUGAGAGUACACCUUGGAGUGUAGGCAUGUAUGAAAGAGUGAACGACAUCAAACAAAAGAACCCAGAAGUAAAAGUGUCAUUGUCGCUGGGAGGUUGGACUUUGUCCUCGCCGCCAUUUUCUAUGAUGGUGUCGUCUGCCGACAGAAGGGCGGCGUUCAUUAAGUCCGCCGUCGACUACUUGAGAAAGUGGAAGUUUGAUGGCCUUGACCUUGACUGGGAGUACCCGGCUGACCGUGGCAGUCCCCCAGAGGACAAGCAGCGGUUCACGCUCCUGGUGAAGGAAAUCAUGGCAGCUUUUGUUGACGAAAAUAGAAAAACGGGAAAGCCCAGACUCCUACUUUCAGCGGCGGUGGCGGCGGGAAAACCCACAAUAGAUGACGCUUAUGAGAUCCCAGCAAUCUCGCAAGUAUUUGACUACAUCUGCCUCAUGAGCUACGACUUCUACGGUGCCUGGGACUCUGUGACUGGCCACGUGAGUCCCCUGUACCCACCACAGAACCCCCAGGACGAGAGGGACAGGACCUACAACUUGGACUUCGCCGCUUCCUACUGGGUGAGUCAAGGUUGCCCACGUGACAAGCUUGUCAUUGGGUUGAUCACCUAUGGCCGGUCAUUCACCCUCAGCAACCCCAGUGUCUUCGGGCUGAAGGCACCAGUCAACGGGCCGGGACAACCCGGGUUGUACACUGGGGAGGCCGGGUUUAUGUCGUUUUAUGAGGUCUACGCUAUGAUACAGAGAGGCGCUAAGGUCUACAGACUGGAGAGCGAGAAAGUGCCUUUCCUUGUGCUAGGCGACCAAUGGGUGGGCUACGAAGAUCAAGAGAGCUUGGACGUCAAGGUCCAGUACAUUAAAGACAACAACUUUGCUGGUGCGAUGGUCUGGGACCUUGACCUUGACGACUUCAACAACCGUUUCUGUGACCUCGGCCGCUACCCACUUAUUCAAUCGAUUCAUGACAAUCUCAUCGACUAAAGCAUUGUUCGAACUAUUUGAUUUAUUACAUUUUUCCAAUUUUCAUACAAACGAUUAAUACAUUUUCAGCGAUGUUUAUGAUUAUAAAUCGUAAGGUUUUACUUGUACAUUUGUUAAGUAAAGGCCUACUAUUAUUUGAUAAUGGUAUUAUUUGUUAUUAAAGAUGCACAUAUU